AUGUUCGUCUCCAUCAAACGAAAGAAUACCCAUUCACAAGAUCAAGCUGCACAACAAUUUCAACUCGAUGAAGGAGAACCCAUUGUUUCCUUUGUCGAAGGUCCUGUUACUUUCACCUUGCAAGUAAUUUUCCAUCAUCAAGAUGUGAAUGCUAAUCCUCUUCGGGAUGCAACUGUCAGAAUCACACAAAAAGGAAAUACAAAGCAAAAUACUGGACAAACUGAAAUGUGUGAGGCUGUUGUUAAUGUUUUGGAUAGGAAUGAUCCGAAUUUUUAUGGAACAGUUUUAAAGGUGGGAAGUAGAACAUUCUUGGCAAAGUGUUUCAGGUUGGAUGAAGUAGAGGAUUGGUAA